AUCAUCAGCAUAUAUAAAUAAAAUUCUCUCGCUCCCCUUUUCAAAAUCCACAAUUAUUAAUAAAAAAUUUAGGGUUUGAUUACCGAAUUAGAAUCACAAUGUCUGCAUUUGGUAUUACUUCUAAUUCUUCUAAUUCAAACCCAAACAAGUCAACUGAGGUUAUAUCACCACCAACAGAUGCUAUAUCAAGUCUAUCUUUCAGUCCUAAGGCUAAUCACCUUAUUGCUACCUCUUGGGAUAACCAGGUGAGAUGUUGGGAGAUAACAAAAAGUGGAAGUUCUGUUGGCUCUGUGGCAAAGACAUAUAUGUCACAUGAUCAGCCGGUUCUAUGUUCAGCUUGGAAGGAUGAUGGAACAACAGUCUUCUCUGGAGGCUGUGACAAACAAGUGAAAAUGUGGCAGUUACUGUCUGGCGCUCAGCCAGUAACUGUGGCUAUGCAUGAUGCUCCAGUGAAGGAGGUUGCUUGGAUUCCAGAGAUGAAUUUAUUGGUAUCGGGAAGCUGGGAUAAGACUCUAAGAUACUGGGACUUGAGGCAAUCGAAUCCAGUUCAUACCCAACAACUUCCUGAACGCUGCUAUGCACUUACAGUGAGAUAUCCCCUGAUGGUUGUUGGCACUGCAGAUAGAAAUCUCAUUGUAUACAACUUGCAGAGCCCUCAGACCGAGUUUAAGAGGAUUAGCUCUCCACUGAAGUACCAAACAAGGUGUGUUGCUGCGUUUCCAGACCAGCAGGGUUUUUUGGUUGGGUCAAUCGAAGGGAGAGUUGGUGUGCAUCAUCUUGAUGAGCAACAACAAAGUAAAAACUUCACUUUUAAAUGCCACAGAGAGGGCAAUGAUAUAUACUCAGUCAAUUCUCUUAACUUCCAUCCGGUUCAUCACACAUUUGCAACUGCGGGAUCUGAUGGUGCUUUCAACUUCUGGGAUAAAGAUAGCAAACAAAGAUUGAAGGCAAUGUUAAGAUGCAAUCAACCAAUACCUUGUGGCAGCUUCAAUAACGAUGGCUCUAUAUAUGCUUAUGCGGUAUGCUAUGACUGGAGCAAGGGUGCGGAAAAUCAUAAUCCAGCAACCGCAAAGAACUAUAUCUACUUGCAUUUGCCUCAGGAAAAUGAGGUUAAAGGCAAGCCUCGCCCUGCAAACAGUGGAAGAAAGUGACACUCUGGUGUUGGCUAGUUUCAGAUCAGGGUAUAUUCGGCUGUACAUGGCACAAUCUUAUUUUAGUGGCAUCUUUAUGAUAGUUUUCUACUGAUUUUGUUCAUAUUGAGUUGACUAUGAUCUCUGGCUUCUAUGUAAAAAUGCUAGUCUUUUGGAUUUCAUUAUGAUCCAUAAAGUUGAAAGUUGGCUAAUGUUCAGAGGUUGCUGCUUGAAGCCUUGAGAGUUGAGAUCCUUGUUCUUUCUUUGUUUUUUCAUGUUCAAUUUAUAAAAUGGAAUCAUUGUGCUUAGUCCAUUGGGUAUCAAAUAUAGGUGGCUGUAUGCGUGCGGGUCAGGUGGGUUGGACUAUGGAUGGGCAAGCCAUGCAGAUCUAAGCGGAUGGUUGGGCUGGCCAUAGUUUGCCAACUAAAUAAUGUAUCAAAAGUUAAUAAGAUCAAGUCUAUUCGUUA